AGACUGCGCUACAUUGAGGGAUGCUGUAUAAUCAAUACUGUCAUGCUCCGGACCAAAAAGCGGAAUCGAGAAACUGCGUGUCAUCUAACAUCAUGAAAACUGAAAGACACACUUGUGCGCCAAAUAUCGAUGAUUUACCCGUGGGAGAAUCGAUCGAGGAGAUUGCCGAAUCUGUAGAUGAGUUACGAGAGAAGCUCGCCAAUAUGAAGAAGCUCAUGAUAGAGCGAAAGGGCACUACACUAGGAGAGAUCAGUGCUCGGAAAAGGAAAGAAGCUUCUAAUAUGAUAGAUGGCAAUCUCUUGUCUUGGAUUUUUGGAUUGGCUCUUAUGGGAAUCCUGAUUGUUAGCUCCUAUGCUUUUUAUAAUUUGUAUUACGCAGUACUAAAGAGAUUCCCAUCUCAUCAUACUGAACUAUAAGGAGGGCAUAGAAUAAAAAAGAGCGAAACCAAAAAUUUUCGCAAAUUCUUAACAUUAUUACAAAAAA